AUGUCUCUACUUAGCAGGAGAAGCGCGAGCCAGCGAUCCUAUGUGCCUGGAAAUGAUGAAAUUACUGUGAGGAAGGUCCAACCAAAUGAUACAGAAUCUGAGAGUCACGUCGGCUCGCUCAGUUCGGACGCUUCCAAGUCGACUACGACCACCACGACAGACUUUGCGCUGUACGAUUCUUGCGUCGCUCGCAAGUUUCCAAACCACAAGGCAUCCCAUUUGCGCUUCCUCGCUUGGGUUGCAUACACUCGCAAGUUUACGGACGAGCCUAUUACUGAGGAUGAGCGGCGGACUUGUCCACUAUUAUGGUGUCGAUCGGUAUUCAAAGACCAGGAGGCAAUGUUGCAGCACGUGUGGAACUGUGAACAUCUAUCCAAAGGUCUUUACUGGUGUUUCCAGUGCCAAAAGCCAGAGCGCGUUGGGAACUUCCAAUGCAAACGAUGCCAGGGUCUACCAUCCCGGACAGACCGGCUUGCUACUGUAGCUAGAAGAAUAUUCUCCAAGCUCGGAUCGAAGAAUCAUCGCAUACAGCGAUCUCCACCCGCUGAACCAGAAAUGUCGCUCGCCAAGGUUCCUGAAGCCUCCAAAGCACAGCAACAGCAACAUGACCGAAUGUCCGCAAUCUGUGACGCAGGACCUGUUGGAGGUUGGGGGCAGCAGUUUGCGAUGCCAGAACAGACCAAUGCAAUGGACCAUUCCGAUACAGCAGGAGACUGGACAACGGACUUUCAAGAGUUACCAGACACUCAAAUAUGCGAGAUGAAUGGGUCAGCGCAUCCCAUAGAGCUUAGUGCUGACCAAGACCGUUGGGUGGACAACGACUACUCAAACUCUCAGGGAAGUUGGUAUAACCAGAAAUCCCCAGCUAGAGAUAGCAAUCCAGUUUCCGGGGUUGCAAACCGUCCGGAGACAAUUCUGCCUCGACUGAACACCCAGUCCUUACCUUCACAAGGACAGGAUUUCCCUUCAGAGUAUCCGAGUGGCUGGUCAGAAGGGCCCCUGGUUGAUACCAUAGUAUCUCCCUUAAGCACAGUCGGGCAUUUUACUUCACCCUUCCACGAGAUUUCACCAACCGAUACUGAGGCCAGUGGAAGGUCUUUUUUCACGGACUCCGGAUACACGAGCGGCACUAUAGGGUCAUGUGCCACUUCUCCGCCAGAGAGUUUCGAAUUAAAUCCGGGUUUCAACGAACCCCGAGGGAAAAAGCGUUCUCGGGAUUAUGACAUGGCCUUCGAAGAACCAAGCCUCGAACAUACGGCUUUAACUGUGAUGACCAUGCAAUCGAUGUCAACAUCCUCGAGUAUAGAUCAAAAGAUCGCGGAAUCUACAAGCAGCUCGCAUUCGCCCAGCAGAUGCCCCAGCACCAAGAAGCCGAAGAUGCAAUCCCCGUACUGGUCUAGUGCUAUAAGCCUAGUCCAAUCGUUUUCAGAUGUCCUAGAUGCGCAUAUCUCUCACACCAAGGAAAUUCUUCGCUCUCUCCCAUCUACACCUAUAACUACUGAGCUUCUUGCUAUGUCUCGGAGCUCAAUGGUGUGCAUAGGUUUGGAAGCACUUCUGGGAAUCAUUGAAGGAAGAAAUCCUACCGCAAUCGUGCAGGCAUUUGCGUUCACGCAUAUCUCGUUCGCAUUUGCUAUUGCGAUCGACCAUGACGAGAUUAAAGUCCAUACACAAGAGUGGUUUCGUGAUUCCUUAUCAUGGGUUGCAGGUUUAGGAUCAAUAAGGCAGCGGAAUAGAUAUGUACAUAUAGCAAAGGCUGUAUGGCAACCAGUGGACUCGCUAAGAGAGAGCUGUCUCCCUGGCUUGUUUUCGAUGGUGGACAAGGAGAACAGACUGGUUCUAGCUUGUAAGCGGUUCCUCGAUGUCCUCGAGAGCCUUGGUGCUUCAGAGAACACGUCGUCGCCAACUAAUACGACGCCCGGAUUUCCACCAUCGCUAUUCGCCCAAGAAGCUCAAGCACGAGUUAUUGAGCCCCUUAUUAAAACUGCCUCAAUCGAAGCUUUCAUCGAGGAUGUCGUCAAAGUCGAGGAGCGGCUUAAUCGGUACCACAUCACGAGCGUUCGAGAGCUAGAACUUGAAUUGAUGUGUGCUGGAAAGCUAGCUUCCCAGUCCGAACUUGCAUACUCCCGGUUCCUCUCUCAUGUGACAGCGCUGUGCGACUCCCUCUAUGAAUCAUCUUCUCAGCCGCGCACGUCAUAUCACAUCGCCAACAUUUCACAAAUUAAACAACUUCUCCCUGAAGAAACGUAUGGUGAACAUGGUGAUGAAGACCGGGAAUUCGAGCUUGAAUUGGAUGAUGACUUGCCCCUGGAUUUUAAUAUGGGGAUGUUCGGGCAGGGUGAUAGGAGCAUGCCGGGGUAUAUGAAUAAGUUCACGAGGGACGCAAAUGGGGCUUUGAGAGUCGAUUGCGAAUUCCCACAUGAUUUCUCCACCCUUCCACCUCCAAAUCCAACCAUUGCCCCCAUCACACAAUCGAAUUCCCAGCGAGAGGAACGACUCCAUGCUGGACUGAAUAGCUCUUCUCCAACCAGCGGAAUAUACCCCAAGUACGACCUAAAACGGAUCGGUCAGAAGCCCAAGCUGUCAUCCACGUUUCUGUCCUCAUCAUCUUCCCCGCUCCCAUUGCCCACACCUUCAGCGUUCAAAAGUGUGGAUAUUGCUGCUUCCUCCUCUUCCUCACCAGACAACAUCCCACCCUCUCAACCAAAGAAGCAAACCUACCAAUGCCCCCAGUGUCCCUACCUCCCUGAGGGCAUAGAAAAAUACAAAGCUUCAAACCUCCGUCGGCAUAAAAGGACUCAGCAUCCUUCCGGCAAUGAGAAAGGGAGUUAUUUGUGCACAUGGCCGGGAUGUGGGAGAACAUUUACAAGGAGUGAUAAUUUGAUGAGCCAUAAGAAGGGUAAGGGCCAUGUAUUAGAGUUUGAUGUUCGUAAUCCUGGAGGAUGUGGUGGGGAUAAGGACUGCAGUGCUGAGGGUGAAGAUGGCGAACAUGGGCUUGGUGAGCGCCAAUUUGGUAGCGAUUUGAAGUAUAAUCAAUGGGAGAACGAUUAUGAGGGUGGGAGAAUUGUCGCCAAGAGGAGGAGACGAGACAGUAACUAA